AUCAUAUCUAAUUAUCUCGACGUUGUAACAAACACAGUACUAUGAAAAGAGUGACCAUAAUGACUGUUCACCGUGCAGUAAUCAUUGGAAUACUGUUGUCAAUCACUUCAACUAUUGGCACUAAUCAACAAGAGUGCUUCAAUGGACAAGUUCGUAGACUUGUUUCUAAUCUCCUUGAGAAUUGCUACAAUGGAGAAUGGAGAUUGAUCUGUUUCUUGGAAAGUCAGUGGAGCGAUCAGAUAGAAAAAGCUACUUGCGGACAAUUGGGUUAUAGUGAUUCUUUUGGUAAUUGACUACGUACAUGAGCCCACUACCAAAAUUUUGUACAGUAACAGGAAAUUCACUGCACAUCCUGUGGAAAAUUCAUUUGGAAGUUUAGAAUAACCAUGCACUGCAUGUGCAUGCAGUCAUUGUACAUUUAUUAAUAUGCAAGUCACAAGCUUAUUGCUGUUGGCUGCCACUACAGCUAUUGCUACAGCUCAGCCACCAGAGUGCUUCAAUGGACAACUUCGUGAAUCUAAUUCCAAUGUACUUGAGUAUUGUUACUAUGGAGAAUGGAGAUUGAUCUGUCAUGAUGACAGCCAGUGGAACAUUGAUAAGACAGUGGCUGCUUGUACACAACUGGGCUACAGUGACACUCGGAUAAAUGUAAAUCACACAAGGUGUGAAAGUUAUCCAAUAAAAGCUGUCACAUUUAGUGACUGCAACGGAUCAGGACUAAUAAAUUGCACAGUGACACCCACAGACGAAUGUGGUCGCUUCUGCUCUCUUGUGACUUCAGGACAGUGCAACACAGCUAACUGCACUGAUGGAGCCCUAAGACUGGUGGGUGGAUCCACCGACAGAGAGGGACGAGUGGAGGUGUGUGUGGGUGGCAGGCGAUGGAGGACAGUUUGCACUGGCAGUCAAGAACUGGCAGGAGCCGUUUGUUCACAAAUGGGAUACAUCUUUGAAGGAAGCUCAGUGGGAGUAACCAACUCAUUUCCUCCUGGAGCAUUCCUUGAGUACAGACUAAACUGUGCACAACUAAGCAAUGGAGCAUGGCUCUAUAGUCUAGUCAAAGAACAAUGUGACAGCUUUGCGGAGCUUGGAGUUGUUUGUAAGAACUAUAAAGAUCAACCAGACAUCCAAGUUAUUACACAGUUGCCUACCACAUCAUGUGCCCCUCAAAGCAAAGAAUAUCUUGGAUGUAUAUGUACUAAUAAUUCCACCACCUUUACUGCUGGUAGUGGUGUACUGGCAACUCUCCCACAAGCCGUAAUUGCUGUUCUUGUUGUCCUACAAGCGGCUACAAUGGUUGCACUAAUCAGCACCUGUGUUGUCUUUAAGAGGAAACGCAAACAAAAGUAACAAAACUAUAAUGGGUUACCAUGGCUACACAACAAGCUGACCUAACAUUUGCAGUGGUUGGAAGCUCACAAACUGAAAUGAAGAUCGACCCCAACAUAGCUGCUAACCCAGCAUACGAGGCAGUCAAGUGUGACCAGGAGGACCACACCUACGAUGUCGUCAGUGAGGGGGUGGUUUCAAGAUAGAGGAGGGGCAAUUGACAUACAAAACUUUGAACUUUUAUUUUAGCCAUUAGCAUUUAAUCAUGUCACAUGAUAGCUAGAGCUAUAGUUGUAAAUAUACAGUUAGUAAGUUGAGAGGCAUCAAACUUAUUAAGAUACAUGUACUGUGCCAAGAA